ACAUCACACUGAAACCAAAAUAACCCACACUUCUCUUCCCAUCUUUUCAUUUCAUCUUUGCUCUAUCUUCAUUAUCAACAAUUAUGUCAAAGGUUAAAGUUGAUCAACUUAACCAACUAAGAGAAAUCUUCAAACGCUUCGACAUGGAUUCAGAUGGAAGCCUAACAAUGCUAGAGUUAGCAGCACUUAUUCGUUCAUUAGGUCUCAAACCCUCAGGUGACCAAGUUCAAGUCAUGUUGUCAAAAAUGGACUCAAACAGAAACGGUUCUGUUGAGUUUGAUGAGCUAGUGAGAGUCAUAAUGCCAAACAUGAAUGAAGAGGUGUUGGUGAAUCAAGAAAAACUCAUAGGUGUGUUUAAGUGCUUUGACCGCGAUGGCAAUGGUUAUAUUUCGGCUGCUGAAUUGGCUGGAGCCAUGGCUAAAAUGGGCCAGCCACUUACUUAUAAAGAGCUUAGAGAUAUGAUUAAAGAAGCUGAUAUGGAUGGUGAUGGUGUUAUUAGUUUUAGUGAGUUUGCAACUAUUAUGGCUAGUUCUGCUUCUGAUUUUUUGGGAGAGUUUGGUUAUAGAAACAAAACACAUUCCUUUUAAUUUUAACUUUUUUUGUUUGUUUGUAGAUAUUCUUCAAUUUUUUCAUGUUUGUUGGAUGUGUGUAGGUUGUAUUGUACCGCAAUAAUUUUGAGGUAUUGCUUUGAUCAAUUGAUCUAAUGGAAUUAAAUAAGGAUAUUCUUUUUUCCAUCAAACCUUAAUAUAGAAUAGGAGAAUAAAAUGCUAUGUAUUGUGAAAGUUCUUUAAUGAAUUCUUAAGUAUACAGUAGUUUAAAAUAUUCUAUUUAUAGAUUUGAUGAUGUUAAAGUUCAUAAGAGGUUUUAAAAGACUUCAAU